GUAGAAGGUGGAAGUUCAGAGGCCAGAGUUCGAAUCGGAAGUGCUCUGCAAGGGACUGAGCGGAAGGUAGCAAGCAAACUCGCUGGUUUUUGGUUGUUUUCGUAGCUUCAUAUCUUUACAUUUAAUAGCUACGCAUAUGUCCUUUGAUUUCUGUCUGAUUAGUUAGCUGACAUUACUGGUCCAAAAUGCAGGAAUUGAUCUCUACAGUGGAUCAUAUUAAAUUUGAUCUGGAGAUUGCUGUAGAACAGCAGUUGGGAGCCCAGCCUCUGCCAUUCCCUGGAAUGGACAAAUCAGGAGCGGCAGUGUGCGAGUAUUUCCUGAAAGCUGCGUGUUUAAAAGGAGGGAUGUGUCCCUUCCGUCAUAUCAGUGGAGAGAAAACGGUGGUGUGCAAGCACUGGCUCAGAGGACUGUGCAAGAAGGGGGACCAGUGCGAGUUUCUGCACGAGUACGACAUGACCAAGAUGCCUGAGUGCUAUUUCUACUCCAAAUUCGGGGAGUGCAGUAACAAAGAAUGUCCGUUCUUACACAUUGACCCCGAGUCGAAGAUCAAAGAUUGUCCGUGGUAUGACCGAGGAUUCUGUAAACACGGUCCCGAUUGCAGACACAGGCACACGCGGAGGGUCAUCUGCGUCAACUACCUGGUCGGUUUCUGUCCGGAAGGCCGAUCUUGUAAAUUCAUGCACCCGCGCUUCGAGCUUCCUCUGGGCGCUUCUGAUCAGCCACCUAUACAGCCACAGGCUCAAAAGAACAUCCAGCCCUUGAACAGGUCUUCCUUAUCACUGAUCCAGCUAACCAGCCCCAAUAUGAACUCCAAUCACCAGAGACCUCAACAUACCUUUGGGCCAAUGCACUCGCACAGUAACAUGGGCAACAGGGGGCCCCGCCCACUAGACCAGGUCACCUGCUAUAAGUGCGGUGAGAAGGGACACUAUGCUAACAAAUGCACAAAGGGACACCUGGCUUUCCUGAGCGGACAGUAACUCUCGGCAGCUCUGCAGACAAGUUUUCGGCCCUGAGUGAAGCUGGCUCCCCCACGGGCAGCGCUGGCAAAACGUCUGGGUGCGCUGACCCCAGUCCAGUGAGGCUUGAAAAUGGACAUGGCAGCAGGAGAAUGAGGACCGAGUUAUUCUUGUUGUCGCAGAAAUGGUGAAACAGCCCUGGUUUGAAGAGUGAACAGGAACUGCUUAAAGCCAAUCAGUGGAUUUGUAACUAUUUUUGGUUCCGGAAUCCUAAGCCAUUUCAGAAUUUGUAUUUUUUGUAAUAGUAUUCUCAUAUCACCCUACUUACUGGCUGUUCUUUGUCCCUAUUGCAGGGUUAUGACUUCCUUAAGAUAUUUUCAAGUACAGUACACAGCAGUGCAGUGCUCUCCAGCAACCAAGUACUGUUACAAUCAGUUUGUAUCUUGCCAUUUCAAAAAUAAAAAUGAGCCAAUUAUUUAAUUGC